AUGCUGAAACAUCCCAAACCACUGCCACAGCCACUCCCUCUGUUGCUCUCCCAUACCUGCAUGUGCCCUUUGGUUGAGGAACUGCCCUUGAAAUCCACCAUCCCCACCCACAUCAUUGCCACUGAAAUGAUUAUGAGAGAUCCAGUGGUGCUUAUGGCAUUGAAGGAGUGGCUGAACUAUGACAAGAUCAGAGAUGCAACAGAUGCUGAUGUUGUGGACCAUCCAUGGUACCAGAUUGAAAGGCCCAUCAAUAAGGGUAAAGGACAUGCAGUUCCCUUAGAACCACUUCAGAUAACUGAUCAACCAGUUGCACUGCCCCUACUGGCACUUGGCCCAGAAGUUGAAGGCCACAGAAGUGUACAAGUGACUCCUGGAGCAUCCACUGGUCACAGCCACUUAAUUGCAGCUCUUGCAACCCCUGCUGCUGGCUAUAUGCCUGUUGCCAAAGAAGACCAAUGUGAUAGGUGCAUGGAGAAAAAUCUGCCAUAUGCAGUCAAGCCAGGUUCUGCAGCUGCUAGAAGUAUGACACCCACUGCUGGCAAGAUAACCACCUCAGCCACUCCAAGCUCCAGCAGGCAAAUUUUUGAUGGAGUGGUCAUCAUCACUCCAUCCUGGCAGCAGUCAGGUCAACAGACAUCAAGCCUGGCAUCCCAGGGGGUGGCAAUAUCCCAAAGCCAUCUCACUACCCCAUCCUGCCCAGUGACCCCCAAUGCCACACCCAUGGAGCAUAUGGAAGAGGAGACUGCAGCAUUGCAGCAGCAGCAUAUGGAGAUGACACAAGAUCUCCUAGAUACCUGCCACAAGCCUGCCAAUACCCAGCAGGCCCUUGCAGAUACCCAGACUGAGUUGCAGGCACUUUGUGAUCUUGUCAAGGCCCUACACCAGUGCCUGUACCCAUUGCCACACUCCUCACCCAAUGCACCUGGACCCUCCCACCCCUCCCCCAUCAGCUUUGCAAUUAUGAGUCAUCAAGCAGUCAUUCCCACUGAUGGUGCAAGGAUACUUGACCUUGCACCCACUACAAUGGUCCAGGAGGUUACGAUUGAUACUGGCAUCCUCCAGAACCUCCUAGGUGAUAUGCUUUUAGCCCCUUCUACUUUCCUGCCACCCACCCACUGUUUUCCAUGCUCAUCCACCUCUGCAGUAGGAGAAGCCCAGCCCCCUAUCUAUGUCUCUUUGGGGGCAGCUGCUGACCAUGCCAGUGGGGAUGAUGCCAAUGAUCAGGAUGCCACUAAUUGGAUGGACAUAGAUUAA